GCACUGCCAGUUGCAGCUGUAGUACGACAGCUGGGAAUGCUUACUAUGGCUUAGGGCAACUUUUCGUUCUUGGCCACUUACUUAAAUCCUCAAAACUCUCAAUAUCUGGCCUGACUAGAGUUCACAUCCAUCGAGUUGUUGUUGGCCAGAGCUGAGUGUUCAGGUUCUGAUCAAUCGCCACGAGUCGCUUUCAGGCUCCACCAGGGUCCAUUGCUCAUCCACGCAGCAGGCGUCAACAUCGAGGCAGGACCCCGUUCCCCUUUUUCCCCAACGCUCAUCAUGUCGGAGGCGCUAGCCGUCGAUGCUCAGUCUCUAAGAAGAACUCAGUCCACUGGCGAUAUCCACCCACCGCCCAGAGCCCGCCUUUCAACGUCACAUCAUCACUCCGAACAGGACGGAAGGAAUUUCAACGUUAGUUCGUCACCAAUUGCAGAAGGGACCACCGAAGAUACUCCCCGUGACCCCUGGUUUACACCCGACGCAUCCCCUGCAGGGCAACAACAGAGUAGAAGAUCCUCCACUUCCACUUCUCAAGCACACCUUUCCUUAAUCCCGAAAAUCAAAGCAUUCUUUGGGAUUGGUCCUGAUGCAUCAAGAACACGUAAAGCUCUUGUAUCAGUUGUGUGGGCUUUGGCGUAUGGUUUCUUUCAAAUUGGGGCUAUCAUCGCCGUACUGGGUGUGGCCUCUGUAGUUGCCAGCCCGACGGAGGCAAAUGCCCAUCAGAUCAAUGCUUGUGGGCGACCACUCGUUGCCUGGAAUUGCAUUUGGAUAGUGAAAGUCUGUUUGUCAUCCACCCUGGCGUAUUGGAAUUUUAUCAGAAUCCGAAAUGUGGAGCGUACGGGGAGACAAGGUGAUGCUGAGUCUGGCGAUCGUUCUCGAACAUCCAAUGAUGGCGGAUCUCGUCGUAAUGAACCCCCGAAUCGUCGUCGGCAGAGAGAUCCUCGUAGACGGGCCAGGAACGCAAGUUCCAGUGCUACAAAUCAAGAAGAGCCAACACCACCAUAUUCUUAUCUUUACGCGCGCUUGUCACUCCUUUCAUCCAUGCUUACUCUGACAUGGUUCCUAACUGCGCACAUUUUGGAAUACACCUCUGUCGAUUCAUGCCGACUUUCUUCGCCUCUUGUUUGGUGGCUUACUUUUGGGAUUUUGUGCACAAUGUAUUUCCUGGUUCUCGAGGUUUUGGUUUUCGGUUUUCUUGUUUUCAUGGUUUUGCCUUUCAUUAUGCUUUUCUACAGUAUUAUUCUACUAUGCCUGGGCCGUCACCCACUCCAGAACCCUCACUAUAUCAAGCCCGAAAUCGACAAGCUGCCCAAAGCCACCGUCGAACGUAUUCCUCUAGUCAUCUACAUCCCUCCUCCACCGGAAGACGAUGGAAAGGCACAACCGAUUUCUUUGCCAAAACCUGUGCACAGCUAUCCACCCAAAGCACCGGCUUCGCGAACGCCAAGGAGGCGAUUUGCAUUCUUUCACCGUAGACCCAAGAAGUCCGAACAAGGCGUUGAUAUCCUUGACGGCAAACAGAGCACGAAGUCGGAGCUCAAAGAUCCAGAAACUUGGGAAGAUAACUGGGAGCAAUGCGAGUAUCCCUUUGUCCGAUUGGAGGGCAACCGAGCUGCCUGCGCCAUCUGUUUGAUGGACUUCGAGGAGCCAAAGAGACUUUCCAGUGCUACAGAAUCAAGCACGACAGAUAAGGAUGAAGAACAAGCUCCAGUUACGUCCGGUGAAGACAACCUACCCCGCCAGCCUGAGGAGCAAGUUGAAAUACCAGUGGAACGCAUCACUGAAGAAGAAAGAAGUGGCCUUCCUCACCUUGAAGAUGCGGGAGUUGGUCCGCAGCCUCUUCGACUGCUUGCUUGCGGUCACGUCUUCCAUAAAACAUGCAUCGACCCUUGGUUAACCGACGUAUCAGGCCGGUGUCCGGUGUGUCAGCGACCUGUCGAAUUGGAUGACAUGGACCCGAAGAAGUCUAGGCGAAGACGUCGCUCAUGACCACAUACGUGUUCCGCUUUCCUCGAAUAUAAUGGUUUAGGUUUGUGAGUGAUGAACUACUACAGUAGGAACCGAUGUACAACAUACAUUGAUAUUGCAUAUUCAUUGGACGAUAUCCUGCAAGCUUGCAAAUAGCGCUUACAGCUUACAUAAUACAAUCCUGACAUUAUGCCAA